CUUCGGUGUUGAUAAGUGAUUCACUGUGAGAGCAACUAAAGCUAGGCUACCCCAUGUCUUCAUCCCUGAGCUUGCUGAGCGAAUCGCUAGCACUCAGUAGAGAUUGACAGAGUAGACGGAGACAGAGAGAGACGCGCACACACGCAGAGAGCGAGAGCGAGAGAGAGAGAGAGAGAGAGAGGUGAAGGCGGAGACGACGGACGAGGAGAUGAACCAGGUCUUCAAUGGGAGGACUACGCUCCUGCUUUGGUCAGCACAAUCGUAGGAUAAGGCAUACUGAAAAAGUUAGCGGUUCUCGAUAAUAAUCCCGGUAACACAACCGCAGUGAGCAGUUUCUACUCUGUUUUCUUACCUCCGUAAAAAUAUCUUCGGCAUCUGGCAACCUGGAAGUGUUUUGGACGAAAAACAAUUCGUGGAUCUGCUGGGUCGAACUUUGGGGUUAUGCAUUUGGAAUAUGCGGUAAUAAAAUUGCAGACAAACAAAUCAAACACCUCUGAGGAAAAAUCAGGACAACGACACUCUGAGGGAUUCCUACACUGAACGGUUCGUCUCGAAUUACGAGUUGGAGACUAAUCUUUAGACAUGUCUGACAUGGCCGAUGCCGAGGAGGCUUUUGGACUCCCCAGUACCCCGAAUGAAUCGGAUUCAAAGGAGUUACAGAAUGAAAGUAAACAAGACAACCAAAUUGGAACUUCAAGCAAAUCACCAUCGCCUCAGACAACGUACACUCAACAGGGAAUGGAAGGAAUAAAAGUGUAUUUACACGAAAGAGAACUGUGGACGAAAUUUCAUGAAGUUGGGACUGAAAUGAUUAUCACAAAGGCGGGGAGGCGAAUGUUUCCAAGCUACAAGGUGAAGGUUACUGGACUUAAUCCAAAAACGAAAUAUAUUCUCUUGAUGGAUAUUGUGCCGGCUGAUGACCACCGUUACAAAUUUGCUGACAAUAAAUGGUCUGUGACGGGGAAGGCAGAGCCCGCUAUGCCCGGGAGGUUGUACGUCCACCCAGACUCACCAGCGACGGGGGCACAUUGGAUGAGGCAGCUUGUCUCCUUCCAGAAGCUAAAACUAACCAACAACCACCUCGAUCCUUUUGGACAUAUCAUAUUAAAUUCCAUGCAUAAAUAUCAACCCAGGCUGCACAUUGUGAAGGCAGAUGAGAACAAUGGCUUUGGCUCGAAAAAUACAGCUUUUUGCACUCACGUGUUUCCAGAAACUGCGUUCAUUGCUGUCACAUCCUACCAAAACCACAAGAUUACGCAGUUGAAGAUUGAGAAUAAUCCCUUCGCCAAGGGUUUUCGGGGGAGUGACGACAUGGAGCUGCAUCGGAUGUCCAGGAUGCAAAGUAAAGAAUACCCGGUGGUACCACGCAGCACUGUUCGCCAAAGGGUUGGAGCCAGCCAGAGCCCAUUCAGUGGGGAAGUGCGAGGCCUAGCAACACCCAGCAGUUUGAGCUCACAAUACCCAUGUGAGAAUGGGGUCACCAGUACCACCCAGGAUCUACUGUCCCAACCAGGCUCCUACCCCAUCCCCCAUGAGCACAGCCAGGUCUACCAUUGCACCAAGAGAAAAGUGGAGGAUGAGUGCCAUGCUGGAGACCACCCAUUCAAGAAGUCCUACAUCGAGAGCUCCCCCAGCGAGGAUGAGACAUAUUACCGGCCAUCCAGUUUCUCCCAGCACUCCGGCCUUGGCGCCACCUACAGGACUGAGUCGGCGCAACGGCAGGCUUGCAUGUACGCCAGUGCCUCGCAGGCGAGUGAGCCGGUGCCCAGCCUGGAGGACAUCAGCUGUAACACGUGGGCGGGGGUUCCACCCUAUACGAGCUGCCCGGUGACAGCCAUGCAGUCCAUGGAUAGGCUGUCUUACCAGCAUUUCUCUGCCCACUUCACUUCCGGGCCCCUGGUGCCCAGACUGAGCAGUGUGGCAAGCCACUCCUCCCCACCACUCGGCGACGCCCAUGGCAUGUACCAGAGCUCAAUGCCACACCAGUCCCUCGCCAGGCAGUGCGGCCCCAGUGGAGGCCUUCAGUCACCCACCGCGGGUUUGCAGGGCAAUGAGUACCUUUACCCCCACAGCAUGUCCCGCACCCUGUCUCCACACCAGUACCAUGCUGUACACACUGUGGGCAUCAUGCCUGAGUGGAGUGAAGGCAGCUAAUUGGACAGCUUUUAUAUUUUGAGGGGGCAACAAAUAAGACUAUAGUGGAGUGGAAAACUGAGAUUUUUUUAUAAAAAAAAUUAUUUUCCACAGAAGUCUAAUCACACUAUUCAUCGGAUUGAUUGCCUAGAUACGUCAUAAGAAGCUUGCUUUAUGCGCCUUAAGAUCAUUGCAGUAUUACUCCCAUCCCAUUGCAGAUCUAAACAGAGAGACAUCUCUUGUGCGAACAUCACUUCUAAAGGACGGAAAGGAUGGAAGAAAUUACAUGGCAAAAAGUCAGACUUUCCUUCAACAGCCUCCUUAAUUCCCUUCUUACUCCUCAUGACAUUUAAGUGUAUAAUACAAACUGUUGGCCACAAAGGAAACCUCACCUAUUUUCAUCACUUUAAGAGCUCUCGGAGAAAGGGGAGCAGAUUGUUGAGAUUGAUUACAUUGUUUCUUAAAACCUAGCUCAUUAUGGUAUUCUCUAGAUACUGACAGGGAAGACUGAUUUUUUUCCCCCCUUAAAAUAGUCCAUGUGCUUCUUGUACAUUGCAUCCCAUUUGAAUGCAGGUUUUGUCAUUACUGUGUAAAUGUUGACACUGAGCAUGACAUUAACUUGCAGCUAACCUUUCCAACAGGAUCUUGCCCACAGUGGAUUAAGCAAUAUUCAGUUCUAUUGUUAAUAAAUCUUGGUGCACAUACAAAGCUUUAGCAAGACUGAGUAGAAGCCACAGAUAUUUUGCACACCCCUUCCCAUAUAAUUUCUAUUCAAGAGAAAAAAGCAAAUGGGUGAUAUUCAUUUCCUUGGUAAAAGGGUGUCUUUAGUAUAAGUUAUUUACAUUCUUGGAAUUGUACAUUUGGUUUGUUUCUCUUUACACUAUCACCAAUGUAGCACAGGGAUAUUUGCAGUGACAACUCAUUCAGCGCCACUUUGACUAUAUGUAAGAAUACCCAGUGAGGUCUUGAUCUAUGGGGAGUAUGUAAACAACAAUUUUGUUUUCAUUUAUUCUGCUUGUUUAACAAGUAUGUCAGUUGAAUUAAUAAUUUAUGAUGAAUCCAAAUUUCCUUUUUUUCUGUAGUGUUCUCUUUCUCAAGAGAGCUAGCUAUUGACAAAUCAAUAUCAGUUAAAUCACAAAUAGGUCGCACUUAAGAGGUAAAUCCCUGACUAACUGUAGAUCUAGCAAACGAAUGCUGCUUCCUCGUGAGGUGCAGAACCAAUGGAAGGUUAUCAAUAUACCUGGAAUUCAUGCACAGACAACAAACCUUUGUUAGCAUGUAUCCCUAAAUUCAAAUAAAUUAAGAUAUAAGAAAAUGCAAUUUGCCAUGUGAAUAAAAAUAAUUUAUUACAAAAUCACCAAUAAAUUAUUGUGCCAGGUGUAAACAUUGGUACUUGUGUGAUGACAGUUGUCAGAAACACCUCUGAAGUAUUUACUUAUCACAUGGCUAGUCAGAUUCAACAGAGUUUUGCUGUAUACUAUCACUGACUACACACCUGUCAGUGCAGUAGUGUGUUGGAUAUCUUAUAUACCAUCUUGUGGCAUGGAAAUGAAGAUUCAACAAAAGCUGCUUUACUUUAGAUUAUAAAAAGAACUAGCGGAAUGUGCCUUUCACUGACUCUAGAUUUCGUGAAAGUCAUUUUUUGUCUUUUUUUAGCCUUCUCUUAUUGUCACUCAGAUGACUGUAUCUCUGCUGAAUGGCAUAUAAUGACAUGAGGUUGGAAAUUAAUCAUUUAUUUUAAAUAGGCCUAGAGUGGUUAGGACAUUGACAUGGUAUUCUCUAAGAAACACUAUAAAAUGCAGAAUUGCAUUCAACAAAAGCACUAAAAACAUCAUAUGACUGUCACUUACAUCCUUUUGCUAACCCUUGUAAUGUAUUGCAGUAAAUUAUUGCUGCUGUUACAGACAUGAGACCACAAUACAAUCAACAUUUGCCUUAGUGUUAAUGAAAAUGGUUUGUAUAAUUACUGUUUGGUGGCAAAUGAUCUCACCAAACGGCCUAUGUGAGAUCAGCGAACUAACAUUAUCUGUUUUUAAAUGGCAAUCAAAUUGGACAAAUGUUAAAUGAAUCCAGGCUUUAUUAUUUGGAUAGGUGCUCAAAAUAUAUCUAUUUUCAGAGGGUUAGAAUAAUUUUUUUUUUAUUUGUAAGAACAGUGGAGGGAAUAAAAUUCCAUAGAAAAAACAGCCAACUGCAUCACAAGAAAAAAAUUUAAUCAACAUGAGGAUGCCCCUGUGCGGUUCUUGUAUACUACAGAAUGUUGUAGUUGUUUUUUUCUUUUAUUUUAAAUGGAUUUCUAUGGGUGCCUGAAGAAUAAGUUCCCUUAAAGGUCCAGGAAACUGAAAUCUGUGAAUUAUUUGCUGAUGGGUCGUUUUAAUACUUUUUUUUCAUUUGCAAGAAAUAUUUUUAAACAACUCAUGCAAAUAAAAAAAACAUAUAAAAGCCUGUGCUAAAAUUGACCUGCUUUCCCCCUUGGAUAAACGCCAGGUUUUCAUUGGGUGGGGUUAACUGGGAGUUAGUUACAUAACAAAAGCAAUACGCCUUUUUGCUUUUCCCAAAAAUAAAGAGACCUACAAGAAAUGUAUUUUGUUUCUGACGCCUACAGACAAUAUUACAAUAACCCAUACAGUUAGUAUUUGCAGUUCCCAGUUUCACCCAGAGCUUUUCACAGAACAAGGGUAAGUAGGCCUAACAUUAGCUAGCAACAAUUAAAUAGCUUUCAAGCUUAGACAUGUGGAAUCAAGCACUUUCUUUAUUCAGGUGUAAUGUCCAGAGUUUGAGACUGCCAUAGAGUCUAAUGUUGGUGUACUGUAGCUCCAUGUUACAACAUUAUUACACAUUGAAAGUUCUUCAGGUUUAACUAUACAAUGGUAAAUCUAGUUUAUAUUGCUUUCUUUCAUUUUGUUGAGUACCUCUAACCUGGCUAGCGAUUAGGAAUGGUUUACAUUGGACACAUAAUGUGUAUUACGGAUAUGAAUGUUAACGAGCACAGGAUACACACCCACCCUGUUCUUGUCCAAUGAACAGGUCACAAUAAUCUAAUAGUGUUUAUUAAAAUGUAAUGGUUAUAACUGUGUUUAAACUUCGAUAAAAUAUUACGAAGACAAUCAAUUGUCCCUUCUCGGAAAUAUCGCCACAUUUGAAUCCAGUUUCCUGGACCUUUGAUUAAGAACCCAAGAUGUGAACGGGGGAGCUUAAUGAGGUUAUUUCCACAUGUGGUGCUGAAGAUAGUAAAAAUGCGAAAGCGGAGUCUCCACAACUGCAGCUCACUGUUAAAACUCUGUUAAAAACUUGCACAUACAUGAUACACUGCAGAAUGAGAAGCAUCCUGGACUCACAAAAAGUCUCAUUCACAGAAAUACAAUUUAAAAAAAUAACAAUAACAAGUCCAAGUAUGAGGUAGUAUGAGCAUUUUUUAACAGUUGUUUAUGCCCUGACUCAAGUAUAAUCUACGGGUAAGUCAUUCACAAUUAAAAAUAAAGGAACACUGAAAAUGUGUGCUAUUAAUAGUUAUUCCCACUUUUAUUUUCAAUAAAAAUGAACAUGGUUUGGUGUUAGACUGAAUAAAGGGAACGUGGAAUAGAAAGGUAUGCUUCAAAUAUUUUGACAAAAUUUCACCUCAAACAAAUUUGAGUCAAUAAACAGAUACUGGUACUAGUUGUUUACAAAUGAACCAUGCUAUUAAACCAUUAUACAUGAUAAUCCAUAAACAUGGGACUGAAUAAAGCAAAAAGGUGAAGAAUUUGAUCCUGAUAUUAAAUUAUAUAUAUUCACAUUAUUUCCAGUAUUCAAAGCCUUGAAAAAAAGUGCAGUUUAAAAUUUGACACUUAUGAUUUCAUACUGAUAAAGGCUAAGACUGUGUAAAGCAUAAAUUCAUCUGAGAAAUGAUUGGAGAGAGAAGCAUACUUAAAAUAAGUAUGGACUUAGACAUGUGUGUUACAUAUGGUCAAAUUGGUAAUUUGGAAAAAUGUUUGCUUGUAGUAACUUGUAUUGUUCUUGUUCAUAGUAUUUAUUAUUGUAGUAUUAUAAAUACAUAUGUUUUUAGCCUAUCAAAUUAUAUAUUGUUAGUUCAAUUGUUAUUUUUGGUUUUUGUUGAUAGUUUAUUUUGAUUUUUGUCUCAUUUAACAUUAAAAGAAAAACAUGAAGAAAUCAUCAUAUGAAAUUUGGUUAUUAAGUUGCAAUUGUAUAGAAAACCUGGAUUACAAUGUAGUGUGUCAUUGAUGUAAAUAAACACAAAUGUAUAUACAGAACUGCAAUAAAUUUAAAAGAACCUU